CCAACUUCACUUCAACGCGUUCGGUGUAUAAGAUUUCGGGGCCAUUUAUUUAUUCGCAACGAAUGCGAAUGUAAAAGCGAAUUCGGUGAUUUAAUUGUGCGCGCACGGUGCUAGCAAACAUUGCGACUUGACUUUGGAUACAUUUUUAGCGCGAGUGCCAUUUGCCGAGAGCGCGAUUUGUCGCUUAAUACCCAGCUCUUUUUUUUCGCAUCGCCAGCUUUUCAGCGGUGCGUUGGUGUGAGUGAGCGUGUGUUUUUCUACCGCCAAUCCAGAGUUGAAGCGGAAAAAUGGAUGUGGCGAAGCUGGAGAAGAUGAAGGUGGUAGACCUGCGCAACGAGCUCCAGUCGCGUGGCCUGGACACCAAGGGAGUCAAAGCAGUGCUCAUCGAGCGCCUGAGGGCCCAUGUGGAAGGAGGAGCCGGCGACGGAGAGAAUGCGCCGGUCACACCAAGCCGCAGACAGCGCCGCACGCGUUCCAUGUCCCGCUCCCCUUCGCCCGUGCAAGCUGCUCCGGUAGCCGCAGAGCCAGUGCUAGACACCCUGGAAGAGGAGGAGCAGCCGGUCACGGAGGAUAAGCCGGCGCCAGAAAAGGAACAGGAACCGGAACCAGAGCCCAGUGUACAGGAGGAACCUGAACCAAUAGAGGAGACAGAGGAGACAUCCACAAACCAGGCGGAAAAUGAGGAACCGCAAUCGCUGGCUGAGGAGUCUGAUGAAAAAUCAGAUUCAGAAGACAAGGAGGAAACAGUGGAACAGAAAGACCCUGCCUCCGCACCACAAGAUGAAGUGGUCGAUGAACCCAUGGAGGAAGACCAUGACUCUGGCCCAGAGGAACAGGAGCAGACGCAGGCGGACGAGCCAAAGGAGGAGAAGCAAGAGAAAAACGCUGUUGCCGAGCAUCAGUCAAAUGGCGAUAGCCAGAAAAUGGACGUCGACGAUGAGGAGUCGGCUGCCCCGAAAGCAGAGGAGAAUGUAGAAACCGCUGCCAAGUCGGAUGAACAGCUCCAGGAGCGACGCAAGCGCUCACACAGUCGUUCACGCUCCCGCUCGCGUAGUGGUUCCCGCUCCCCCAAGCAUCGCAGUAGUGUGAGCGACAAGCGCGACUCAAAGUCGGCCGCUGAGGAGCGCACCGUUCCAGAGGACGAGCCCACCAUCGAGGAAAACAAAGUUGGACUGAGCUGGCUGGAUUCUGACCUGCAUUUGCGCAUUGAUCCCACUACUUUUGCCUCGGCUAAACCUUUGUCAUCGGAGAUUUACUCCCUGAUUUGGUCUGGAGCUCGAACGAACUUUGGAGUGCGCGAGGGCAAAGUGUGCUUUGAGGUGCGCCUGUCAGAGGAGUCCCUGCCGGAUAACUCGCACUACUUCCGGGAUGAGCCCCAUGUGCGAGGCUUCCGCGUGGGUUUUUCUUUGCCACAGAGCUCCCUCCUGCUUGGCGAGGCAGAACAUUCAUUUGGCUACUGCGAGACUGGACGAAAAGCCAAUCAGGGCGAGUUUUCCGACUACGGCAAACCUUACAAGCUGGAUGACGUGAUUGGCUGUUAUUUAAAUCUGGAGAGCGAGCCAUGCAUCAUUAAUUACACUCUGAACGGCGAGGAUCUCGGUGUCGCUUUCGAGUUUGAAAAGAGCAUACUCGGCGAGGAGGGAGCCCUGUUCCCGCACAUUGUAACCAAGGGCUACGAAUACUCGGUAAAUUUUUCAGACUCCGAGCAGUUGUUGGUUAAUGCCGAGAGGCCAACGCGCAAGCGCCGCAAGCCUCGCAAAGACGAGGACAAGGACAAGGACGACGACAAGGAUGACAACGAUGGCGAGAAGUGGAAGGUCUUGGACGAAGCCACAGCCGACGACGAUGAGGUUGAGAAAAAGGAAGAAGAUAGCAAGGCGUCUUCGGAUAAGGACGAAGAAGAAGGCGAGAAGCCCGAGAAAGCAAAAGAAUCUGAGUCGGAGCCAAAAGCAGAGCCAGACGCAGAAGCCGAAGCUGAGGCUUCUUCUGAAGCUGCUAAGCCGGAACCAGAAGCUAAAGAGUCUUCGGAAACUGCUGAGGCGUCUACUGAAGCUACCGGAGAAGGGGAAGCUGUAGCCAAUGGCGAUGCGUCCGAAGAAAAGGCCAACGAUAAAAAGCCAGUUGAGGAAAAGAAGUCGUCGGCCGACAAUGAUGAAGAAGACGAGGACGGCCCGUCACCCAACAAGCGAGUUAAGACCGAUGGGGAUUCUGAGAAAGCAGAGUCUGAGAAGGAAAAAGAAAAGUCACAGACCGAGGAUGAAUAUGAGGAUGUUGUGCCCGAGCCAAGAGAUACGGCGGCGCUGUUGGAAGGCUAUGUACUGAUAGGCCUAGUGCCUGUCGAACAGCUGGUUUCCGGCCCACAACGCGCCGGCUCUCGAAAGGAGUGCGAGGUCAUUCUUUUGGUUGGAUUGCCCGGAGCAGGAAAGACCCACUGGGCCCUUAAACAUGUGGCUGAGAACGCUGACAAGCGAUACGAGCUGAUUGGACCCGAUUCAUUCAUUUCUAAGAUGACAAUCGAUGGAGCCUCCCGAAAGACUGUGCACAAAGGCCGCUGGGACAAGGUGUACGAGAUAUGCUUGAACAGCCUGGCAGCUUUGGAAGAUAUUGCCAUGAAGCGGCGUCGCAAUUUCAUACUUGACCAGACCAAUGUUUAUGCCUCGGCCCAGCGACGUAAAAUGAAGGGUUUUAACGACUUCAAGCGCAUUGCGGUUGUUUGCAUACCCAGCGAAGAUGAAUUGAAACGUCGCAUCGCCGAAAAAGAGGAAAAGGGAAAUGCUUUUACAGUUAAAGAAUCAACAAUUAAUAACUUACGAGCCAACUUCACACUUCCCUCGCUGGAGUUUGGCUGGUUUGAUGACAUAAACUACACGGAGCUAACUGGAGACGAGGCCAAGAGCGAGGUCAAGAAGUACAACGAGAAAGGCAAGAAGGCCAUCGAUGCGGAUAGGUCGCGGGACAAAAGGUCCCGGGGAGGCCGUGACAACUAUCGCCGUGAUGACCGGAACCGGAAUCGAUACAACGAUGACCGUCGACGCGACUACGGCGGCCAGCGGCACGAAAGUCGGUGGAGCGAUUCGAGACGUGGAGGCGGCGGCGGUGGUGGCGGAGGCGGCGGCGGCUACUCUAGCAAUAGUGGAGGUGGAGGAGGCGGCAGCCGUGGGUACGACAAUCGCCGCAGCUACAUCAGCGGAAGCGGUGGCCAGCAGAAUUGGGCGCAGAACAGCCGCAGGAGCGGCUACGAUGAUCGCGGUUACGGUGGCGGCGGAAGCGGUAGUCGUGGCUACGACAAUCGUAACCGUGGCUACGCAGCUGGCAGCGGAGGCGGUGGCGGCGGUGGUAGUGGCGGUGGUCAGCAAAACUGGAUGCAGAACAACCGCAGAAGCGGGUAUGACGAUCGCGGUUACGGGAGCUCGCGAGACUACCGCGAUAGAGACCGCGGCAAUGACCGCAGUCGAAUGGGAAGCAACGACCGCAACAGGGGCAGUAGCCAGAGCAGCUAUCGCUCGGGAGGCGGUACUCAUCAACAACGGGAUUUUCGGCCUGGCCACCGCGACACCAAAGAAGAUAGUCGCGGUGGCUAUGAGCGGUCAGCUGGUCAAUCGCUGCCCAAGUACGGCAAUAACUCUGCUGCCGGCGGAGGCUACGAUCAGUACAAGCAGGCGGGUGGAACACCCGGCGGAGGCAAGGCCUCUCUCAGCGGCAAAUGGAGCACCUACACGCAACACCAUCAGCAGCAACAGACGGCGCAGCAUCAGCAAACGGGUGUCUGGCAGACUCAGCAGCAGUCACAACAGUACCAGCAGCCGCAGCAAACGGCGGCGGGCCAGCAACAAUACUGGGCCUAUAAUCAAGUGCAGGGUUAUGGCAACCAACAGGCCUGGCAGAGCGCCGAUCCGCAGCAGCAACAGCAAUGGAUGUCCUGGUGGCAGCAACAGCAGCAGGGCUCUGGCGGAGCAGCGGCCGGAAAUGCCAGUGGCGGAGCGAGCGUCAAUGUCGGAGGCGCCGGUGGGAAUAAUGAUGGCGGUUCCUCCAAUCAUUAUUGGUCUCAAUAUUCGUACUCCACACAGUCCAAUGCGGGCGGCGACAAGAAGUAGAAUGCAUUCUCUGCACCCCUGUUCCACCUGCCCAGACCCCUACAUUGUCGCGGAAGGAGUAAACCACAAAUCUGAACUAAACUUUAUAAAAUAGUUUUAAAAGAUUA